AUGAUAAUUGCAGAAUUUCAAGAGUGUCCUCUUCAUGUCUCUCCUAUAGGCUCCAAGGUAGCUAAGAUGGAGGUGCUGUGUUUCCGGUUGCCGGGUCACGGUGACGCCACCCUGAAGAGCAUGAACUCCCUGAGGGCCAGGCAGCAGUUCUGUGACAUCACCAUAGUGACCAGCGGCAGGCAGACGUUCCGGGGACACAAAGUGGUCCUGGCUGCCUGCUCCCCAUUCCUCAGGGACCAGUUCCUGCUCAACCCCUCCUCUGAACUGCAGGUGGGUGCCAGUGAAAGCCACCUUGAUACACACUAUUUGGGUUAUGUUUGAUAAAUGUUGUGUCAGCUUCAGUUGAUAAACUAGCCCCUGACAGACACUUUUUGUCACAUGCCCUUUCAAUGAUCUGACCGUUUUAAUAGGCAUAUCUUUGAGCCUGGGAAGUUCUCAGAUGUUGCAUCAUGCCAGCUGUGGUUCCAGUCCUAUACUUCAUUAUGGUGGAGUAGAGUAGAUACUAUCUUGCAGGAUAUGACACUAAUGGCUUACAUGAUUGAUCAUAGGAAAAAUACACUACAUGACCAAAAGUAUGUGGACACCUGCUUGUCGAACAUCUCAUUCCAAAAUCAUGGGCAUUAAUAUGGAGUUGGUCCCCCCUUUGCUGCUAUAACAGCCUCCACUCUUCUGGGAGGCUUUCCACUUGAUGUUGGAACAUUGCUGCGGGGACUUGCUUCAAUUCAGCCACGAGCAUUAGUGAGGUCGGGCACUGAUGUUGGGCUAUUAGACCUGUCUUGCAGUCGGCGUUCCAAUUCAUCCCAAAGGUGUUCGAUGGGGUUGAGGUCAGGGCUCUGUGCAGGCCAGUCAAGUUCUUCUUCACCGAUCUCGACAAAAUAUUUCUGUAUGGACCUCGCUUUGUGCAUGGGGACAUUGUAAUGCUGAAACAGGAAAGGGCCUUCCCCAAACUGUUGCCACAAAGUUGGAAGCACAGAAUCGUCUAGCAUGUAUGCUGUAGCAUUAAGAUUUCCCUUCACUGGAACCAAGGGGCCUAACGCAAACUAUGAAAAACAGUCCCAGACCAUUAUUCCUCCUCCACCAAAUUUUACAGUUGGCACUAUGCAUUUGGGCAGGCAGCGUUCUCCUGGCAUCCGCCAAACCCAGAUUCACCCGUCAAACUACCAGAUGGUGAAGCAUGAUUCAUCACUCCAGAGAACGCGUUUCCAUUGCUCCAGAGUCCAAUGGUGGCGAGCUUUACACCACUCCAGCCGAUGCUUGGCACUGCGCACUGCGCAUGGUGAUCUUAGGCUUGUGUGUGACUGCUCGGCCAUGGACACCCAUUUCAUGAAGCUCCAGACGAACAGUUAUUGUGCUGACGUUGCUUCCAGAGGCAGUUUGGAACUCGGUAGUGAGUGUUGCAACCGAGGACAGACGAUUUUUACGCACUACUUGCUUUAGCACUCAGCGGUCAAGUUCUGUGAGCUUGUAUGGCCUACCACUUCGCGGCUGAGCUGUUGUUGCUUCUAGACGUUUCCACUUAACAGAACUUACAAUAACAGCACUUACAGUUGACCUUGGCAGCUCUAGCAGGGCAGAAAAUUGACAAACUGACUUGUUGGAAAGGUGACAUCCGAUGACGGUGCCACGUUGAAAGUCACUGCGCUCUUUAGUAAGGACAUUCUACUGCCAAUCUUUGUCUAUGGAGAUUGCAUGGCUGUGUGCUCGAUUUUAUACACCUGUCAGCAACGGUUGUGGCUGAAAUAGCCGAAUCCACAAAUUUGAAGGAGUGUCCACAUACUUUUGUAUAUAUCUAAGACUAUGUAUGAAGAAAAAAAAUGUAUGCACUCACUAACUGUAAGUCGCUCUGGAUAAGAGUGUCUGCUAAAAUGACUAAAAUGUAAAAAUUGUUUAAGACGUAACAGCAAAAUAGCUGUUUGGUGUGUUUUUGUCCUAUUUUGGCCUCUAGGUGUCAGUCCUUCACAGCUCCUCGGUGGUAUGUGAGCUGCUCCAGUCCUGUUACACUGGUGUGCUGCAGUUCAGCCCCAAGGAGAUAGUGAAUUACCUGACGGCCGCUAGCUACCUGCAGAUGGAGCAUGUUGUGGAGAAGUGCCGGGGAGCCCUGGGCAAGUACAUGCAGCCAAAGAACCCCAGCUCACCAAAGGUUAGUUACCCAUUUUGGUUAGUGUUUAUUGGUGUAUAGUCGAAGGCACCCUAUUGAAACAUUGGUUUGAAAUCACAACAUAAAAUGUUAAUACACUGUGCUUCAAUUGUAGAAGGCAAAUACUUUCUGAACUUAUCUACUAUGUGAUUCAACAAAGGCUGGAUUUGCAGUCAGAUUGUUUUUGCCUGUGAAGAUAUUCAACUGGCUCGUCUUCAUUCUUUUUCUCUACACCGCUCAUUUUCAGAUCAAGUCAGAAGAGAACCACUCGAUGCCAGUGACAGUCAGUGGCAGCAGCAGCCACUCCCUUAUGUCGACCUCUGCUGAUCAUUCCCCCUCACUGCAGCCUCACAGCCCUGUACAGUGUCAGGCUGAUGACCAUACAGACUCACACACUAAGACAGAUAUACGACACGAUGACGACCCUAACACAAUGGAUGAGAUAAAGGUAAGUAAGUUCAGGAAGAACACUUACCACUGCAUCCAUCUCUGGGUCUAUAAAUGGGAGAAUCAAGUACUCUCUACAACAGCAGAGUUACUGUGUUUUAUUAACAUAAGAGUAGCUAUCUGGGUUCAAAUAAUGUGUAUUUGUGUAUCUGGUAUUUAAAAUAUUUUUUCCUGUAAAGUUUUUGUUAUUGAGUAUUUCAAUGGUUAUUUGUAAAAAAAAAAAAAAAAAAAAAAAAAAAAAAAAAUAGUCUACCAAAUUGUAUUUGAGAGUAUUUUCCAAAUUGAUUUCAAAUACUAUUUUUAAAUACCUGGGUUAAAUGCAUGGGAGUGUAUUUGAGGAUUUUCAAAUACUUUCCAAGUGUAUUCAACUACUUGUCUUUUCAAAUAAAAGAUACAUUCGAUUGAAGUAUUUAUCAUUCAAAUCGGUCUCAUGUUGUUCUAGGUGAGAGUAACAGAGGAGGACAGGGAGGAUUAUGACGUGUUCCGGAUCUGCAUCGAGGAUGAGCAGGAGCCGGAGCCGGAAGAGAGGCGAGAGGAAGGCGGAGAGGACGCCACAGAGGGGCAUCAGUACCCAGAUACGGACAGUGCCAUAGUGGGAGGGGGAAAGGGGGAAGACGUGACCCCAGCCGAAAUGGCCAUCCGCAUCAGCGGCUUCGAGACGGAGGGGCUCCAUGCCUGGAGGCGGAGACUCACCGACUCACCCAAAGUGGGCCGGGGGAGGGGGAGGGGCUUCAAGAGGAAGCGUGGCUCGUACCGCGAGAGAGGGAGGAGGCCUCUGGGUAUGCAAUACCAGGAGGCGUGGCGUCUAUCCACCGGGGCAGAGAUGAUGCAGGGCUUCGGCCUGGACUUCAGCCAGGAAGCCAUGAGGUCAGCGUUCCUCUCGGGGGGCGAGCUCCCACGGCUAGACUAUGGGAUGGGGGAGGUUCAGGGAGAUGAGCUGGUGCCCCGGGAUGGGAAUGGUCCGGCCCACUACAGCCUGGACGACCCCAGUGGUGAUGGAGGUGAAGAUAAUAUGGGGAUGGCGGCUGUGCCAACAGGUGGUGACGGGGCGGGGGAUGAGUCUGUGGCCGUGGUGGGUUCCACCUCUAGCACAGCGGGGCCGGUUGCAUGCGAGCAAUGCGGUCUGACCUUCCCCUCGGCCCACUCCCUGGCUGUCCACUCACGCGCCACCCACUUGCUGUAUGUGUGCCCCUGCUGCGGCAAGCACUUCAACCACUCCAGCAACCUCAACCGCCACAUGACUGUGCACCGUGGUGCCAAGGUCCACCGCUGCCCGCUCUGCGACAAGACAUUCACGCAGAAGUCCACGCUGUGCGAUCACAUGAACCUACACAGCGGCGAGCGGCCCCACUGCUGCGCCUACUGCCACUCACGCUUUGCACACAAGCCGGCGCUGCGGCGCCACCUCAAGGAGCAGCACGGGAAGACGACCGCUCAGAACAGCCUGGAGGCACAGGUCGAGAUGGAGAGAGUGGCAGGGCCAGGGGGAGGAGAGGGAGACACUCAGGACAGAUUUGACUUUUGA